AUGGCGGGAAAAUCCCUAAUCGCUCCACUGAUUAUUUUCGCCAUCCUUCUAAUUUCGCCGGAGAUAUGCGCCGGACACGACUACGGCGACGCUCUCGGCAAGAGUAUCCUCUUCUUCGAGGGUCAACGCUCCGGGAAGCUCCCAUCAGAUCAACGACUAGAAUGGCGCCGUGACUCCGCAUUACGCGACGGUUCCACUGCCGGCGUGGAUUUGACGGGAGGCUACUACGACGCCGGAGACAACGUGAAAUUCGGUUUCCCGAUGGCCUUCACGACGACAAUGCUGUCGUGGAGCGUCAUCGAUUUCGGGAAAACGAUGGGACCGGAGCUGAAAAACGCCGUGGAAGCGAUCAAAUGGGGAACGGAUUAUCUCCUGAAAGCGACUCAGAUUCCGGGAGUCGUCUUCGUCCAAGUCGGAGACGCUUACUCCGACCACAACUGCUGGGAACGUCCCGAGGACAUGGACACGCUGAGAACGGUUUACAAAGUCGACAAAGACCAUCCUGGUUCCGAAGUCGCCGGCGAGACUGCCGCCGCUUUAGCCGCCGCUUCGAUCGUGUUUCGAAAACGCGAUCCAGCAUACUCCAAACGGUUGCUGGACCGAGCAGCAAUGGUGUUUGCGUUUGCCAAUAAGUACAGAGGAGCGUACAGUGAUAGUCUUUACCAAGCAGUGUGUCCAUUCUACUGCGAUUUCAACGGUUAUGAGGAUGAGUUGCUUUGGGGAGCGGCAUGGCUACACAAAGCUUCAAAGGAACGAGUGUACAGAGAGUUUAUCAUGAAGAACAAAGAGAUUCUAAGAGCUGGAGAUACGAUUAACGAGUUUGGUUGGGAUAAUAAACAUGCUGGGAUUAAUGUCUUGAUCUCCAAAAUGGUACUGAUGGGAAAAGCUGACUAUUUUCAGAGUUUUAAGCAAAACGCUGAUGAGUUUAUCUGUUCUUUAUUGCCUGGAAUUUCUAACUCUCAAGUCCAAUACUCGCAAGGAGGACUAUUAGUGAAGAGUGGAGGGAGCAAUAUGCAGCAUGUAACAUCAUUGUCGUUUCUGUUACUAGCAUAUUCUAAUUACCUAAGUCACGCAAAUAAGGUGGUGCCAUGUGGCGAAUUCACAGCUUCUCCCGCUCUUCUCCGUCAAGUUGCUAAGCGUCAGGUGGACUACAUAUUAGGAGAUAAUCCGAUGAAAAUGUCGUACAUGGUUGGGUAUGGUUCGAGGUUUCCACAGAUGAUUCACCACCGUGGAAGCUCGGUUCCUUCAGUCGUGGACCAUCCUGCUCGCAUAGGGUGCAAAGAUGGUUCUCAAUAUUUUCUUAGUCCGAGCCCUAACCCUAACCUACUAAUUGGCGCCGUUGUAGGUGGGCCUAAUGUCACUGACGAUUUUCCUGAUUCGAGGCCUUACUUUCAGCUGACUGAGCCCACGACUUACAUCAACGCACCUCUCUUGGGUCUUCUUGGUUACUUCUUAGCACAUUCUUGA